UCGCCAUGGCGGCCACCGCCCGGCCCCGGACCUCGCCCGGCUGCAACGACGCCGUGUUGCUGAUGCUGGCGGUGGCUCUCUGCGCUCUCGGUCCCGUUCGGACGUCCAACCCUCUCGCCGCCGCCGCCGCGCCCGCCUCCGAUUGCGCCGGCAAAGGGAAGGCGGGCAGCAACUGCUCAGAGUUAAAUGUUAAAGAAUUGGAUGAGAAAGUAUGUGACGAAUCAUCAUGUAAAUAUGGGGGUGUUUGCAAGGAAGAGGGAGAGAGUUGGAAAUGUGUUUGCCAAUUACAGUGUCAUACAAAUUAUAUUCCUGUUUGUGGUUCAAAUGGAGACACCUAUCAAAAUGAAUGCUUUCUCAGAAGAGCUGCUUGCAAGCAUCAAAAAGAUAUAACAGUGGUUGCUAGAGGGUCAUGUUACUCAGAUAAUGGCUCUGGAUCAGGAGAAGGAGAGUACGAAGGAUCUGGAACAGACAUUCAUAGAAAACAUUCCAAAUGUGGAGUUUGCAAGUACAGAGCGGAGUGCGAUGAAGAUGCAGAAAAUGUUGGGUGUGUAUGCAACAUAGACUGUAGUGGAUACAGCUUCAACCCUGUCUGUGCAUCUGACGGGAGUUCCUACAAUAACCCAUGCUUUGUUCGAGAGGCAUCGUGCCUGAGGCAGGAACAGAUUGACAUACGACACCUUGGACAUUGCUCAGACUCUGAUGAUUCCAACUUAUUGGGGAAGAAGGAUGAUGGAAUGCAGUAUCGGCCAGAUGUGAAAGAUGCAAGUGAUCAAAGGGAAGACAUCUAUAUUGGAAACCAUAUUCCUUGCUCGGAUAGUUUUAGCAGCUACUGCAUCCAUGGGAAGUGUGAAUUCAUUUAUUCAACACAAAAAGCUUCCUGCAGGUGUGAAUCUGGAUACACAGGACAACAUUGUGAAAAAACAGACUUUAGCAUACUUUAUGUUGUCCCAAGUAGACAAAAGUUCACUCACGUGCUUAUUGCAGCAAUAAUUGGAGCUGUCCAGAUUGCCAUUAUAGUUGCAAUUGUUAUGUGUAUAACCAGAAAAUGCCCCCAAAACAACAGAGGACGGCGGCAGAAGCAAAAUCUAGGCCACUUUACUUCAGAUACGUCAUCCAGAAUGGUUUUAGCGGCAUUUUUUUAUACCUACAUUGACCAUGUGAUGUACAAUUUUAUAACUUUUUUUAAAACAAUGGAAAUAUUUAUUUCAGAGGCCUUAUUUUGGACAUGUUAAUUAUUAUUGUUAUUAUUUUUAGCGUAGCGCUGUCUCGUUUUAUUACAGGAAGCAGCUAACAGCUAUGGACUGCUUUAGUAACUUCUCAUUUUCAUGGUUUGAGGAAGGUGUUAGUUUAUUUCUUGUAUUGUAUCCAUGGUUAUAUUGAUAAGACUUGUGGCUUUAAUCAUGGAGUGUAAGAAUUUUGAAAAGAGAGACAUUUCACCAAUGAUUAUUCAACAAAUGAAAAUGGAGCCCAUCAUGUUUCCUAGCAAAAAGGGUUAAAAGAUGUUUACAGCAUACUUUUCUUACGAGGAACUAGAAGACACUGUGUUUAAAUACCGUAGAUAUUUAAAUGUUUUUAAAACUUAGUAAGAGGUUUUUUAGACACUGCCAAUCGCAUGAAAUGUGGAGAUGUGUUUUGUGUGUAGUUGAACAUUUAGAAUGGGCUGAAUCCAGACUAAGCUAGUGCUCAGAAGAAUCAGUGGACGAGUUAAUCAAAUUCCCAUUGUUUUCAAUGAAAAACAAAUUGUGCAAUUAACUUAAAAUGCAAUCCUAUACAUCUCUACUCAGAAAUAAGUCCCAUUCAGUUUAAUGGAAUUAUUCCCAGGUAAGUAUGUAACGGACUGCCUCUUUAGUCUGGAUCCAAUCCAAGAUAUAUGGCCCAGGUUUCAGUGCCAUCUUCUUCAUAAAUAGCGGACACUUAUUUUUAAAUUGUAAAAUAAUAAUUAUAAUAUACAGUUCAUUAUUCAAAAAAAAUGCUCAGCUGAACAGAGCACAUUUGUCCUGGAGGACAAAUAUAUUGCUUUUUUUUUUGUUAAGAAUUAUGUUAAUAAUCCACA